AUUUAUCAGGUGACACUAUGUAAAAGAAAAAGGAAAAAUCGUCCAUAUUCAUUAAAAAAUACGUUUUUUCGCGAAAUGACUGCAGCAUGAUUUACUGGGAGAAUAGAGACUCCGUAGACAGUGUCGGGAACAUGUCCAAAGCGGACAUACUGAGAGGAAUCGUCAACGAGAAACUGGCUACAGCCGCCCGGGAAAUCUUAGCGGUUGUGGAAAGAACCGUAGCCGGGUACGAGGAGGAGGCUUCGGGCUUCAGAGAGGAGAUCGACCGGCAGAGGAGACAGCUGGAGGCUUUCCAGCCAAAAGUCAAACUAGAGAGACCAGACCUACAUGAAUAUGAGGCAUUUGCUGUCCAUGAGGGUAAAGUGGAGCAGCACUGCCAGCACACAGCUCUGGAGGACACCAGGACCCUCAGCUUUGACAGGCAACAGGAAGGUGAUGAUGAUGAAGAGGAGCGCCUAGCAUUAAGCUUCUCACAAAUCCAAGACAUGGAUUAUCCAAGCCCUUCAAGAGGUCUGUCUGAUAUGGCGACAGGCAGGUGUGUGCUCGCUGAAGAUAUGGACCAUCUAGUACUCAGGGUCCGCAUGCUGGAGGACUCGCAGACGACUGUGCUGUCAAACAGCGUCUUUAUGAAAGCGCCACUGCUGGAGGUGCAGUGUCCUCGUGGGCUGAAGGAGGCGGAGUUUGUCGAUCUGCUGAGGUCCACCUUCCCUCAGCUUGCUCGAGGAAAAAUCUUCGACAUCUUCACAACUGAUCGAAGCAAAAAACUACAACCUCUGAAACUAAAGACGCUGACGCCAGAGGAGAUUGACAGGUCCAUCAGGUCCACUGGAGCAGGAAGGUCUGCCCUCUACAUUCGCCUGAAGACAGGAGAUACUCUCCAGAGCUCCAGUGGUGAGAUAGGUCUUCUCCAGAGAGACAAGGAUGCUGCAAACAAUUGUCCAGCCAGCGCUGCUGUGGCAGCAGCCCAUCAAACCCCAUCAUGUGCAGUAGAUCAGUCCGAGAGGAGGCGUGGCAGACGUGGUCUCAGAGUCUCCACUCUCAAAGACUCCCAGUGCAGUGUCCUCUCAAAAUACGGAGUGGAGGACGUGGAAAGACCAGGCCUCCUUUGUGGUGAAGAUGGUGAGGAGCAGGGGGAGGAGGAAAUGUCAGCAGCGCAGUAUGCACAGAGUCAAGAUGAUCCAAACGAUGUGGAUUAUCAAGUACCAUCAAGGUCAUUGUUCUCCAGAGGUUCAUUUGAGAAGAGGAAGUUCAGCAAAUCUCAGUUCAGUGAUGCUGGGACUCAUCUGUAUCUCAGGAUCCGCCUGCUUGAGGACCCACAGGCUUUAGUGGUGUCAAACACCGUAUUGAAGAGAUCCUUCUUGCAGGAGGUGCAGUGUCCACUCGGUAUGCAGGAGGUGGAAUUUCUUGAACUUUUGAGAUCCACCUUCCCUCAGCUGGCUGGAGGUGAACCCUUUGAUGUCUUCAUAACUGACAAAACCAAAAAACUAAAGCCUCUGUCCCUGAAAACAUUAACCCCAGAGGCCAUCAACACAUACAUCAGGUCCUCGGGGGGAGGAAACUCAGCUCUAUACAUCAAACUAAAGGUGGGGCAGGAUCUCCUGAACAGCCGCAAGCACCUGCAUCUACAUAGAGGUGACGGUAUCGCCGAUCAUUGUCCAAAAACUGCUGCUGGAGUGACAACUGGUGAAACCAAAACCUAUACAGUAGAUCCUCUUCAGACGAUGGGCGACAGACUAGUUGAGCGACGCUAUCGUGUCCUCAGAAUGUGCAUGUUGCAAGAUUACCAGGGGGACGUGCUUUCAAAAAAUGUGUUUAUGAAGUCCCCAGUGCAAAAAGUAAAGUGCACACAUGGCCUACAGGAGUCUGAUUUCCUGGUUAUGCUGAAGUCCAUCUUCCCUCAAAUGACUGAAGACAAAAACCAUUUUGACAUGUUCAGGGCUGACAAGAAACGGAAACUACACCGACUUAAACUUAAGACUCUGACACCGGAUACAGUCUACAAAUGCUUGAAGACCUUUGGAUCAAAGAAAUCCACGUUAUACUUCAGAAUGAAGAAAUAUCAAUUGGGAGCAAAAGCCCUACAAACAGGAGAGAAUCUACAAAGCAGAAAUGUUGAUAGUCUUCUACAGAAAUAUGGUGAUGAUACCACCAGCAGACGUUCAACUACUUCUGUGAUGGUGACGGCUAAUCAGAACAAAAUGUGUCCAAGAGAUAAACCUUUAAGGAAGCGUCGCAGACGUGGUGAAGAACCAACCCACCAUGUUCUUGGAGUCUGCUUGCUGCAGGAUUCCCAGUGUGAUGUGAUAUCAAGAUUUGUGUUUAUGAAAUCCCCAGUGCGUAAAGUUACAUGCCCCCGUGGUCUACAUGAAGCAGAUUUCCUGGAGUUGCUGAGGUCCACUUUUCCUCAGCUGGAUGGAGACAAAAAAAGUUUUGACAUCUUCCGGACCGAUCGGACCCGUAAGCUACAGCAGCUUCUCGUGAAGACACUAACACCAGAUGAGAUCUUCAAUUCCUUGAAGUCCGUUGGAUCAGCAAAGACGUUUUACAUCAGACUGAAGACAGAAGCUCAAGCCCAAAGCAGCAGUGAUAAGUCUCAUCUUCUACAAAAACACGAUGCCACCAACAACUAUCCAACCACCCCGGGUUAUGGCGACAACUGAUCAAAGCAACAUGCACACCGUAGGGGAGUUUAAGAAGAAGCGUCGCAGGCGCAAUGAAGAACCAACCCACCAUGUUUUCAGAGUCUGUGUGCUGGAAAAUCCACAUUGCAAUGUCAUCUCACGAUACGUGUUCCAAAAAUCUCCGCUGCAGGAGGUGAAAUG